UUAAAAAAAAAGGAAAAAGAAAGAAAAGCGUCUGUGACUGUGCCGGUGGAGCAAGCCAGCUUAAAGCUUAUAGCUAAACGCACAUGCAUGCCAUGAGCCGGGGUUUGAGCCUGUGAGAAAAAAAAAACAAACUCCACUCACGACUGCGAGAGAAACCCGAUGAGAGGAACGGCUCAGAGAGAGUGAGCUGCCGUAGAUUGUCCAAAGGGGCAGCGUUUCUCCUAGUUCCGGUUUGUCUGCCUGUGCGCGCUGUGCGAGUUGGGACCCUAAACAAAAGGCUGCCAUCAUCCUAAAGGAGAUAUUCUGCCGCGAGAGAGCCCUGUCCGCUUGAUGCUAACCAAACAUGAGCUCCUAUUUUGUUAACCCUCUUUUUUCUAAGUACAAAGGCGGCGAGUCACUGGAGCCAACUUACUACGACUGCAGGUUUCCACAAAGCGUCGCCCGCAGCCACACGCUGGUUUACGGACCCGGAGCAGCCGCACCGGGCUUUCAGCACCCGUCCCAUCAUGUGCAGGACUUUUUCCACCACGGGACCACGGGGAUCUCCAACCCCGGAUACCAGCAAAACCCCUGUGCGUUGGCGUGCCACGGAGACGCGACGAAAUUUUAUGGAUAUGAAGCCCUUCCGAGGCAAACGCUUUAUGGUACCCAGCAAGACGCAAGCCUAGCGCAAUACCCAGACUGUAAAUCGUCGAGCAGCUCUAACCCCGGAGAAGGACAAGGCCACUUAAAUCAAAACUCCUCUCCCAGUCUUAUGUUUCCUUGGAUGAGACCCCACGGUCAGAAUCAAACAAUUAUUUCCUAUUCUUUCUGUGUUGCUCUGCGUGCGCUCGCGUGUGUGUGUGAGAGAGAGUGUAUUUCACGCGUGCAUCUGCCUAUAUGUGUAUGUUUUGUAUGCUAAAUAUUGCUUAGUAUCCACGAGUGUGUGUGUUGAGUAUAAAACGAAAAUAGUGAGGGAACAUGAUGGGGCAGAUAGAACCUGUAGUGCAGGCUGUUGUGUCUCUGCAGCACAUGUUCAUACAGGGCAGAGCUGCUGCUGCUGCUGCUUCUUUCUCAAGUGCCUUUAAACGCACUAUUACAGAUCACAGCUCAUGACACCAGCUCUUUGAAGUCAAUUAUCGUUGACAUUAGAUAUUUCACAAGCUCAAACCGCACUUGGGGGAAAGAUGAAUAAGUCACAAUUGAAAAUAUCUUGGUGCUACACGUAGACACACACACACACACACACACACACACACACACACACACAUGCAUGCAUGCUUACACAAACACACACACUCCAAGCAUGCAGAGUGACAGGAGAGUUUGUUCAAAUACAACAUGUCCUGGUGAUCCAGAAUCAGUUUCAAGGGGGUUUGGGGGGUAAUUUGACCCUAAAGGCCCACAGAGUGGUGUGGGCAUGAUCAUAAGGGCUUUAUGUAGAAAUGACCUCUCCUCCAUUCAAAGAUCAUUUUGUGUUAAAGCUAUCAGGCUACAUAGAGAGUCCACACAGGUGUGAGCUCUCUUCCUGCCACAUAGAUAUUUAUAAUCUCUCAGAACAGAUAUGUUGUUACAAAGCAGCUCUAUCUCAUCUUAAUAUCUUUCUUUUUAUCUCUUUUUUUCAUGAUGUGUGAGUCGCUCAGUGUGUUUGCAUAUGUGUGUGUGUGUGACUGAAAUCCACCUAGCUUAGAGGCCCUGAAGAUCAGACUAAUGUCUGCAAACAUGCUCAUCUGAAAGAGUUUAUUUAUUAUAAUUCGUAGGUAUUUGGAUUCAGAAUUAGAAAGGGAGUAAAGGUCAUAAUCUGAAUUGAUAGGUAUAAACACUAAUAAUGGGUUUGAUCACAUGGUGAGGUAUAUCCUCAUACUUACCAAGAAGUCUGAGAUCAUUCCUGCAGAGAGAUUUGUAAACAACAUAGAGAAAAAAGAAAAACAAUAUAAGGAUAUUAUUUUUCUUUUUUCUCUGGAUUCAACAUGUUUUUGUUCCAUGUGUGAAAUGACAUAUUUCUGCUUGUAGACAGUCGAAUAAACCGAGACUUUGCCCUCACUGUAGAAGUGCAGUCUAAUUAGAAAGGGUGAAGGCGGAAUUAAAGAGCUGAACGAUUAGUAUUCAUGCCAGAGGAGGACAGAAAGUAAAUGAAAAAUUAAUUAUAAGCCCUCUGAAUGAUAAUUUUAUGGGGUUCCGUGGUCAGCCCAGCUAACCUCUGGCUUUAUUUCAUUCAAGCACCAGGAAGAAGGAACGGGAGGCAAACCUACAGCCGCUAUCAAACUUUGGAACUGGAGAAGGAGUUUCUCUUCAACCCUUACCUGACGCGCAAGAGGAGAAUCGAGGUGUCACACGCCCUGAGCCUCACCGAGCGGCAGGUGAAGAUCUGGUUUCAGAACAGGAGGAUGAAGUGGAAAAAAGAGAACAACAAAGACAAGUUUCCGGGUCAGAGAGGGGAGGCUGAAGCCGAGGCCGAGGAAGAGGGCAACGAGGACGGUGAAGGGGAAGAGGCCGAGGAGAAAGAAGCAGAAGAGAAAGAAGAGGAGACUAAGGAGUGAUUUUAUGGGCCUUUUUAUGGUUAUAUGGCUGAAAAUGAGUGGAAAAAAGAGGUCCCAUAAACUGAGGAAGAGUCACAAGGAGGCAGAGAGCGUCAACUUUAUGACCACCCUUUCAUUUUGUCAAGAGGGGACAGGAAUCCCUCCAAUGUCGCUGUCAUAAAAAGACAAAAUUCCCCCUCCUCAUUACCCUGAUAUUAUUUGCAUAUGGAUAUUUCUGUAGACGCAGAUUUUUUGUUUUUGUCUGAUAACCUUAGAAACUGGCGCUCUUCUUAAAAGAAAGAGAGUAAAAAUUUAAAACGCAUGUUAGAUGGAAAAUGGCUUAGCUGAUAAUUUUAUUUAUCACGAAUUCGCUUUCAAAAAUAAGAAUAAGUAUCAAAAAGCAUAGCCAAACACGAUCAAAACAUGACCAACGCCACCCUGUGUUGUAAAUAGACGAAUAGCCUACAUUGAAAAAGAACAUGGACGUCAUUUAUAAGCAAAAUGUAGGCCUGUAACUGAGUAGUACGUGUUGAAAAAAAUCAUUGCAGCGGAUCCACUGGCUGCACCAGCCCAUGUUCAAACCACAAUUUUUCUAUUAUUCUGAUUCUAAUGAUUAAUGUUACUGUUUUACUCGUUUUCACGUGGAUGGCCUAGACAAAGACAUAGCCAUUAGAGCUCCUCAGACAUCUUUUCUUUCUAGGAUGUACCAGGGAAAUGCAAUCGUUUGAAAUCCUUUGAUGCUACCUAAAACCUGGGGGAAUUGCAAUAGAGAUUUCUGAAUAUAGAGAUUUCAUAUGGUUAUAAUUUGAAAAAAAAGUGUUCUAUAUCAACCUUAUAUGAUUAAGUUAUGUAUGUAGCAUUUAACCCGAUAUACAGUAUACACUUGUUGAAGACAAUUUGUGAGUCUUUGGAAGACAACUAGCUCAAAUGUUGAGAUUGUAACCACGGCACUACCUAAACUCAGAGCCUUGCCCUCUUUUGCUGAAUUUUUAUUCCUCACUUGUGGCAUCGCUCUGACUGAAACGCAAGCUAUAUUUCCCCAACAACUAAAACUGCCUAUAACGCACAUGUACUGUGUAUGAUAAUACCUGCUACAAUUACAACGAGUUUUAAAGUAAGGGACUUUGAUUUUGAUGUGCUGGUGAUAUAGCGUAGUUGUUUUGCACUGAAUAUAAUCUUUAUGUACGUCUUGUUAUAUAUUGAUGUUAACAAUAUGCUCGUUUCCUGGUGUUUUCUCCUGUGAAAAACGGAAUUGUGUGUCCCGCCAUUGUUGAUGUAAAAUCACAAAUAAACAAGAUGGCUCACAAUCA